AUACAGCUGGUCUGUUGAGGCAGGCACACUCCGUCUGUAGUUUUGGAGUCAACAUGAAGACGGUUCUAGUGCUCGCUUUAGCGAGUUGUUGCGCUUUGGCGCUAGCAACUCCAGUCAAAGAGUCCACUUCGGAAAGAUGUAAACACACAACUGUUGACAAGACUUUUUUGGAAAAGCAAAUGAAAGUACUUACCCUCUUCAAGUACAUCAACCAACCCCUUCACUUAGAUGAACACAUGGAAGUAAUCAAAAACUGGAACAUUGAAGAGAAAAAGGAUAAGUUCAACCAUCCUGAAGUAGUUGACAAAAUAGUAGAAAUGUACAAAUACGAAUACAUGCUACCCAAAGGAGAAAUUUUCUGCAUUGGUGAACCCAAACACAUGGAACAAGCUAUAGCUAUCUUCGAUUUGUUCUACUACGCUAAAGAUUUCGAGAUUUUCUACAAAACCGCCAUCACUGCACGUCACUGGGUCAACGAAGGCAUGUUCUUAUACGCUUACUCCGUUGCCCUCGUCCACAGACCCGACACUUACGGAAUUGUCUUGCCUCCAAUCUACGAAAUCUACCCUCAUUACUUCUUCGAUGCUAAAACAAUCCAAGAAGCUAACAUGAUGAAGCAACAGCACAUGUCCGGAACAAUCCGCUCCAACUACACCUCAGGCCUAGUAAACUUACAUCCAGACCAAUCCAUGAUGGCUUAUUACCAUGAAGAUGUAGGCAUGAACUCUUUCUACUACACUUACCAUUUGUUCUACCCAUUCUGGAUGGAUGGUACUAAAUACCAAAUCAAAAAUGACCGCAGGGGAGAAUUUUGGCUUGUCAUCCACCAACAAAUGCUUUCUAAAUAUUACAUGGAACGUCUUUCCAAUGGUUUAGGUCAAAUUGAAGAAGUAGAUUUUGAUAUGCCAAUGAAAUCUUUCUUCAAUCCACUUAUGCAGUACCCCAAUGGCAUGCCAUUCCCUGAAAGGCCCAGAUUUGCCAGAGUAUCUGAUUACUUCUACACUUAUGGAACACAUGUGAGGAGUCGUUUUGCUCACAGCUAUUACAUGUACAAGGAUGUUGUCAAGAGGAUAGCUGAUGCUAUUGACAGAGGAUUUGUUUUUGAUAACUCCUCUAAAAAAAUCGACCUCUACGACAAAAUGGAAGGUUACAAUAUGCUUGGUAACCUCCUUCAAGGUAACCCAGACUCCAUCGACAACCACUAUUACGGUCAAUGGUUAGGUUACGCCCGUAAAAUGAUGGGAUUCUCAUACAACCCCAUGACAGUAGACAAAGUUGUACCAUCUGUCUUGGAACACAUUGAAACUACCCUGAGAGACCCAGGUUUCUACCAAAUCUACAAACAAAUGAUGGGUUUCAUGCAUCAAUACCAAGACCGUAUGAUGCCAUACACCCAGGAAGAAUUAACUUUCCCUGGAGUAACUAUCAAGAAAGUACAUAUGGACAAACUUAUGACCUACUUCGAGGACUUCACUACUGACAUCAGUCAAGCCGUACAUUAUUCGGCAGAAGAAAUGAAAGAAAACAAAUUCAUGAUUAAUGUUAAACAGAGGAGGUUGAAUUACAUGCCAUUCAAAGUCGCCAUGGACAUUGAAUCUGAUAAGGAUGCCGAAGUUAUUAUUAAGGCAUUUAUUGCUCCCAAAUACGACCAAUAUGGAAGAUACAUCAAUAUUACUGAAAACAGAUGGAACUUCUUCAUGUUGAACAUAUUCCCAUACACACUCAAAAAAGGCAUGAACACAAUUGAAAGGACCUUCAACGACUGUCACAUAUUCGGUAACGACAGAAUGAGCUUCCACACCAUGUUCAAACAAGUCCAAGAUGCUUUAGAUGGCACCAAGGAACUUAUGCUAAACGGUGCAGACAACUAUUUCACCUUACCCAGCAGAAUGAUGCUUCCUAAAGGUAACAUGAACGGUUUCCCAGUCCAAUUCUACUUCGUGGUGUAUCCGAUGCACAAAUAUACCCACGUCAUGGAACAGGACAAAUGGACCUUCUCUUAUCCUCGUCCAGGCCUAGGCGGUCCUUUCAUGGACACCGCCAACUUGAUGUAUCCAUUGGAUCGUCCUAUUAAGUACGGAAAGAUGAUCUACAAAGACGUGCCCAACUUUUACUUCUACGACACCAAAAUCUACCACGAUGAUAUGGAAGUGUCUCCAAACUCUAGUUUACAAUAAAUUUUGGCCUUUAUUGCCGUAUAAGACUUGAACAUUUAGAAUAAAUUAAGAUGUUUAUUUAAGGAUUGAAUAGAUUUUUGUUUUACAUAAGAUUUUGUGGUUUAUAUAUUGACAAAGUGAAUAUUUUCAGUUCUUG